AUGGCGUUUGAGAAGAUAAUAAAAUAUUUGCAAGAGCCACCGAUCUUGAUGCCUCAUGUGCAGGACAAACCUCUUAUUAUGUACCUAAUGGCUCUUGAUGCAUCUAUGGGAUGUGUUCUCGGACAGGAUGAUGAAACAGGUAGAAAAGAGCACGCAAUCCACUACCUAAGCAAAAAGUUCACCAACUACAAGAGAAGGUACUCACUACUCGAGAAGACAUGUUGUGUACUUGCUUGGGCUUCCAAACACUUAAGGAAGUAUAUGUUAACUCAUACAACCCAUUUGAUAUUCAAAAUGGAUCUGAUCAAGUACAUUUUUGAAAAGCAUGCUCUCACUGGAAGAGUUUCCUGUUGGCAGAUGGCACUAACAGAAUAUGACAUCCAACAUGUCACACAGAAAGCCAUCAAAGGUAGUGUGUUGGCUGACUAUCUAGCCCAUCAACCCAUGGAAGAUUAUCAACCUAUGUGUUUUGACUUCCCUGAUGAGGGAAUUAUGUUCAUUAGAGAUUUCAACGUUCCAGGCCCUAAGGAAGGACCCGAACCAAGAUCGUGA